CCCUAACUCUUCUCCAGCACUAGCACAAACUCAAGCCGCACCCUCCUUGGCUCCUUCCAUCUUUGCCGACUGAUUGAUUGCAAGCUCUAAGAGGCGUUUCCAUUUUCGCUUCCCUCCUUUGCAUGCAACAUCUCUUUGCCGCUCCCUCCUCAACAUCUCUUUCUUGGUUGUUGAAGUCCAUUGUCAUUGGCAAGGUUUGUACUCUCCGAUCAGAGGGGAGCUGUUGCAGUGCUGGAUUUGGGAUUUCUUCGUCUAAGGCCAUUGACCAAAAGGUAUGCGGGGUUGGUUGAAACUUUGGUAUGGAGGAUAGCUUCCUUGUUGAGGUCUUGAUUGGUAGCCUUGGUUACUAUAGUUGACAUCGGC